CAUAAACAAACGGAAGUUAACGAAUAUGUACAGUAGCCCGCCAAAUGCAUUUCACUCCUCUCUCUCUCCUUUCAAGUCAAAUCUCUGCUGCCUUCACUUUAGCAUUUCCUCUUCCAAUUUUUUUUGCCAAACUCCAUCCCAUUUCUUUUACUGCCUCGAUCUCAUCUACCCAAAUUAGUGUGACAAAUACCUAGAAAAUGAAAAGAGGCGUUCGAUCAACCAACAAGGAGGUGGCAAAAGCGUCCAGCCGCGACCCAUGGUGGUUAGAAGAUGCGUUCGGCGGCGACCUACGGUUUUCGGCAGAGGCUUAGGCGUGAGGGGGAGGAGGAGGAGCUGAGGCAGCUGCCAUUACUGGUGGAAGGAGGAAGUGAGAAGCUUGAUAAAUAGGCAAGUGAUUCUAGUUUAGCUCAUGGUUGGUUUAGAUGUACAAUAUACAAGUACAAAUAAUUGGUUUUACUUAAAAUGACAUUUUAUUGUGAUUGUGACUUUCAAAUUUCAAUACUUUCCUGUUAUUGAAUUUUGUUUGUUUAUUUUUAGCUGAUUUGUUUGAUUAUUGUUUGAAAUAGGUCAGAUAAAGUUAGGCCAAUUGAUAAGAAACAGAAUAUGUUUAGUUUUUGGAAUUUAAUUAUGAUAAUUGUGCUGUUUGAAAUAAUAUUUACUAAGCAUAUGAUUUUGCUGAUUAUUGUGAAAUUGAAUUGAAUUAAAUUGGAAUUGUAUCAAGAAAUGAAGAGCUUGAUCUGGUAUGUUCUAGUUUUUUUUAACAUGUUGAUUUAGUGCACUUCUUUGCAAUGUUGGGCUCGAAUUGUGCAAAUUACUCUGAAUGAGGAGUGUUUGUAUUUGGGGAAUUGUGGAUUGUUAAACACUACCUUCAACACUGAUCAACCGAUUGCUUUUGCUUGAGCAUCUUGGGUUGGUUAACUUUGAGGGAAUGAUUAAUGACUUCCCCACAAGCCAACAUCAUUAACUAUAAUUUGUUGUGUUGAUAUUCUUAUUUCACGUGGUUGCAAUUACUUGCAUUUUGAGAAUCUGAUACCAGUUUGGAAUAGUUUUCACAUGAUAUGUAUAUGUAGACAACAUAGAUACCCACAAACCAACAUCAUAGAAUUGUAGUUCGCUUGGUAUUCAUCAGUAAUGUGUUCAUAACAUGUGAACUGAGUUUUGGCAUUUGCAUCCUAGUGAUUUUGUCAUUGGGCAGUGUACGUGGGUUGUUGUCGACUAUGUUUUUUAAGCUAGUUUGCUUAUUGGUGAACUUGUAGUGAUGGUAUUAUAAUGUACAUUGAUCUAAUAUUGACGUAAAAAGUUUUGAUUUUGAACAAGAAUCGAAGUCAUACUGUAAUUGGGUAGUUAUCCUUACGUACUGUAAAUACAAAAUAAAGUCGCAUCCAUUGUACUGCCCUUACUAGGAUUCUCGAAGUGUUGCUGAGAACCCAAUGGUUAGAAUCCCAUGCUUACCGUUGUUGCAGUUAAGCAGAUCAAAGUCAACACCCUUCUAGAACCUCAUGUAGUGAUUUAUGUAAUUUGAUUGUAGUGUACUCCCUCUGUCCCUUAAUACUUGACCUGUUUUGACCGGACACGCUUGCCAAUGCAUAACUUUGACUACUAAUUUCUUUAACUACAUAUUAUAAAAACUUAUAAAAAUAUUAAUAUUUUGUAAAUAUAUAUUAAGAUGAAGCCAACAAUAUAUUAUAUACUAACAUUUAUUUUCAUACACUAGAAAUAAAAUAAGGUCAAAGUGAAUUAUGAGAAUAGUGCAAAAAAGUCAAAACGGGUCGAGUAUUAAGGGACGAAGGGAGUAUUAAUCUUGCCUAUUGUAGAGUCUGCUCAUAGAUUCGCAUGUAGUCAUGUUCCCUGUGAUACAAUCUGGACAAUAUAUGGUACAAUCUGGACACUAAAUUGUACAAUAUGUAUGUUAUAUAUGGUGUACAAUCUACUAUAUACUUUAUAUAAUCUAGAAUUAAACAUAUAUGAAAAAUUAUCGUAAGCACGAACCAUCAGGCAUGGGAUCAGAUUCCUAUGGUGGAAAAUUCACCAAUGAACCAGAAGAGCCUUGGUUGCAUAAUUAUGACAACGGGAAUUCUGUGGAUGUCCAUAGAAGAGAACGAUUAGAUUCCAGAUCUAGGACCCCAUAGAUACAGAGGACAUGGUACCGCCUAGCAGGGUAAUGAAGGUGUGAGCAGAACCACGAACCUUUCUCUUUUUAUUUUUUGUUAGCCUUUGCAAUUUGUGAUCAGAUGGUCUUUAUUUUGAAAUUUGAAUAUUUUGAGGGAUUGCAGGAUGGAACCUUAUGCUGAGAGAAGACCUAUAGUCGCAUCAUGAUUUAAACAGUUUGAAGAUGCACCCGAAUGAGCUUAGAGCUAGGAAAAGAGGGAUUGAAGAAUUGUUGGAGGAAGAUUAUGCUGCCAUCAGAUCAUCAUCUCAAGAGCCACCACAGUGGUCAAGACAGAUUAGAGGCUUUACUUCCUGCAGAUCUUGACGAAUUCUCUUUCCUAUUCAGAGUUACUAGAACUGAUUCAGAAAAAAAAAAUCUGUUUUUUUCCUACCAAGAAUCCAGUGGAACUCAUGUUUUAAUCCCUGUGCCUGGUGGUCUGGUAGAGAUGUACUCAACAAAACAUGUAGAAGAGGAUGAAAGUGUUUUAGAUUAUGUGAAGGGUUAGUUCAACACCUACUCAGAGCUAGAAACCAUGUCAACCUCUACUAUAAGCUUUGAUGGGCAAUCUGUUGAUCCAUUUUUCGAUACAAGGUCAAAUAGUUGUCUAUCAUCCUUAAAUCAAUCCAACAUACCAGAUUGGCCUAAAUCCGGCCUGGGCCCUACAGUAGACCAUCGCUACAACGAUUCCACUUUGGAUGGAUCCUCCACUGGUUCAUUUCCUUCAGAUGAGCGUGCGUCCUUCUCCUGAUUCCAACCCUUGUUCCAUAUCUCAAGAUACAUUCUUCAAGUCGCUUACUUGUUUUUCAUCAAUUAUACAAAUGUUGCAUCAUGGGUCAUUUCUUUCUGUUUCAACUCAUAACAUCGACUGAUAUAUUGACCUUGAAGAAUCCAUUCUUGCACUGUCAUUAGAGCAUGAUCUGUAUCUGUUUCGAUUUAUUUCUUCUGGUUGCAAUAUACUGUCAAACAAAACAUUUGUAGACUGCACAUUCAAUAACAUUGAUUGUAUAUGUUUGGAGAUAA